CAAGCUAAAAACAAACUCCACAAAUGCCCCCCUGGAGCAAACUGACCCCCUGGAUAGAGAACCUGAUCCUGAGCUACGGGAGCGGGGAUGAGUCGGGCAGCCAGCUGAGGGCUCAUGUCAUCGGGGUGGGUCAGAUGACCCAGUCCCAGGCUCGGGGUUCCGAUGGCCCGACGGGGCUGCUAUUCCUGUCCGACGGAGAGUUCAAGAUCCCGGCCGUGCUCACCGCCUCCGGCUGGGAGCAGCUCCAGGAGAAGGAGGACCGGGAGUGCUUCAGCAGCCUCCUGAACACCACCGUGUGCCUGCAGGACUACCGGCUCCGGUUCCACAUGGACCCGGAACAGACCAAGAGCCGGUUCUUCCUGUCAGUGGGAGAGCUGGCCACCACCGCGGCGGGUCCAGUUAAAGACAACACUCCCUGCUGCACCAGCUCGGCCUCGGUCCGGAUGAAGAUCUGCAGAACCUGGAGGUCCCUUCUUGGCCAGGAAGACUCUCAGCGAAGCCAGGCCGGACUGGAACUGUCCGAACUGCUAGGAGAGUGGCAGCACGACUGCCUGCAGACAGUGCUGCGGGACAUCCGGGAGAGACUGCUGGCUAUGAGGAACCCCCGACCCUCCACCUCUGCUCACACCCCGCCUCCGAACUGGACCAGGUGGGACCUGGACCGGGUCAGGUACAAGGGGGAGCCGAGCUUCACCGUCCCCGUGGAGCUGCUUCUCAUGCCGGAUGAGCGCAGGGAACGGGCUAGCUCUGGAGAGGACGUGGCGUGGCAGAUAACCGAUCCCGCAGCAGGUGGCGAUCCAGGACAGAAUGAGGGAGACGCGGGGGUCUCGGGAGAAGCGGGGGACUUGGGAGAAGCGGGGGACUCGGGAGAAGCUGGGGUCUCGGGAGAAGCGGGGGACUCGGGAGAAGCGGGGGACUCGGGAGAAGCAGGGGACUCGGGAGAAGCAGGGGUCUCGGGAGAAGCGGGGGACUCGGGAGAAGCCGGGGACGCGGGUGACCAUCCCCUUCCUUUGAUGGAGGACAUGGCUCCUUUCCCAGACCCCACCGCCCUGCUUUCCGCCAACCCCUGGGACAUGUUCCCCUCUCUGGGAAUCAGCCCUUGCACCUCCGAGUCGUCCCCGGAGUCCACCCCGAAACUGGACUCUGCUGCCGUGAUAACCAGCACCCGACUUCCGGUUGCCAGCACCCAGCUUCCGGUUCCCAGCUUCCUCCCUCCGUACCAAAACCAACCCGCCGCCAGCUUCCCACCGAGCUCCUCAUCAGUCACCGUGAGCCCACCAGAACCUCCUGUCUCAGACGGAACCGACACCGUUCCGGGAAGCUAUCGGAAGCCCAAGAGGAAGCGAUGCGAGGCGGAACAACAACAACAACAACAACAAGAGGAGGAGGAGGAAGUAAGUGGGAGUCCGCCAUCUUGGCUCUUUGACUCCCAGAUUGGAUCUUCCAGAAGCGAGGACAGUCCAAAACAGACCGGACCCGCCCCGAAAAAGACCCCAGGCACUCACGGCGACGGCAGACCGUUCUCCUACAAAUACAGAGUGUCGGGUCAGAACCUCCUGGACUUCAGCCGGUUCCGAGUGGCUGCGUCUCUGCUCCACUGGGCCCUGCGGUACCUGUUGCCUCCGAAACCAACAGAGGAUCCGCACAGCGUCGAAUUAUUGGACUAAAGUACCGAACUCCUGCAGAUUGGACUCGUCUGUCGUGUUUAUUACCAAAAAAGCCCAACAUUUCUUCUACAUUUGGUUUCUUGUUUUGUAUUUAGUGUCGUUUGUAAAAUUACACACAAAAAAUAAAAGCAAAUUUUGAUUUA